CUCAUACAACACCCAGGAAGCAUUACUCUCUCUCUGUCUCUGUCUCUGUGUGUCUCUCUCUCUCUCUCUCUCACACACACACACACACACUCUCACAGGCUUGGUGGUCUGCUGCCUACAUGCAAUUUAGCUAUCUGUCAGCCUCAAAUGCGAAAAGUUGACGCUAGGCCGACAUGAUGAUGCUGUUAUUUAAUAAGUAUAGCUAGGCCAGUCUACACAAAGCUCUGGACAUCCACAUACACACACACAGAGAAACACACACUACUCCAUGCACUUAGUGGGGACGCGGUUAAGGGGGAGGGCUGGAGAAAAACAUGCAGAGAAAAAACUGUUCGACUGAACCGAAAGUACUGCUCCAGCACCUCGUUUCUCCUCAUCCAGACUCGUUCAGACGAUUUACACACUGUUUCUCUUCACUUUUUGUCGACUUCGAGGUCAGACUGCAGCGUUCACGCCGACGUCCAUCCGGUUCAAAGCAGCAGGCGCUUGAAGUGUGUGUGUGUGUGUGUGUGAGUGAGUGUGUGUGAGUGAGUGUGAGCUCUAGUCUACUGUACGGCCAGUGCAGAAGGAUGUGUCAGUAAGUUUAAGGUGGACGGAGGUUGGAAUGACAAGGCCUUGGUGUUUGGGCUCGCCUUCAUGGGGUAAGUUUCCGUUUUUCGACGCCGUCAUGACAGAAAACUCGGAUGUAUUUUCCUGCUAAACAGCGUCAGUGCGGAUUUAUUGGCAGCUCGCGGCGAUUCGCUGCGAAAUUUCGUGUCAGUUUGUUGCACCGUGCGGCGCGAGACAGCUUCGCGACUUAACACCAUUUCCUCCAGCCGCUUCAGUGAUAGACACAUCGCGUUUGCUGUUUGGUCACUCAAGAGCACAAAAAAUCGCAAUUAGAGCAAGCGUGAGAUGUGAACUCGACCGUGCAGAAGAAGCACACGGACGACAUGUACGACACAAGCCGAGAAGCAGCUUAUUUACUCUCAUCAGAGCCACAGAACGGGGCACUUCCCCUCAUCUCGCCAGCUUCCACAAAAAUACCGGCGAGCACGCGUGUCCUAAUCGUCAAAACGGCCAAUCUGGCAAAAAGUUUGAGUUAGAAAAGUGGCAGGAUGUCGAGGCAGAAGUGAGCAGGGGCUUUUACUCGAGAUCUGCUCAUGACACGUUCGUUGAGCGGAGCAGCAGUUCGCAUCAGUGAGCUAAGCUAGCUAGCGAGCUACUUUUAGUCGCUCUAACUCAGUUGCACAGAGCUGUCGAGGCCGCCUUGGCACAAAACUCUUCCCUCAAAACUCCUUUUAAGUAGCAAAACCACCCAAGUGCUGGCGGGAUCUCGCAGUUAUGUCUCUGAGAGAUUUCCCCGACAGGAGUUUGACAGGAGUGAGAUUUCUGCUUCGAUUUCCCUAAAGCAAGAUGGACUCUCUCUGGCUUGUCUGUCUUGUCAGACCCCAGAACGACAUUUUGCACCGAGAUGUAAAACUGAGCACGCUUUGACUAGGGCUCAGUCGGCCUCAGUAAUGCCUCAGAUGGGGGAAAUCUAGCAAAUAUGGGUGAUAUGAGGGGCUUUUUGAUGUACUUCUGGGUUGAUAGGCUGAUCUCGAGGGCACUUGGCUUGCACCGGUGUCUACCUGCAAAACUAAACACUGGUUCAUCGUCCGGUUUAUCCAAUCAUCCAAUCAUCCAAUCACACAGCGAGCGGGUCACCAUCAUCGCAUGUCACAGCCUGACUGACAGCUCCAUCUUCAUCUUUCAAAUCCAGCAUUUCCAUAGUCUGUGAUUAAGGUCAGCAGCAGCAUGAAGGGCGGAGGAGGGGGGAAGGAGGUUCCGGUGGAGGGAGAGGUGAGCGGCAAGCAGCGGCCCAAACGCAAGUGCCUGCAGUGGCACCCGCUGCUUUCCAAGAAGAAGGCCCUGGACUUCUCAGAGGAAGAGGAAGAGGAGGAUGAGGAAGAGCUGGAGAAGGUUCCAGUGGAGUGCCCUGAGCGCAGCGGUCAGGCUCCUGAGUGUGUGGCGAUGGACGAUGAUGGUGAAGAAGACUCUUCAGAGCAGCGUGCUCGCCGGCCCAUGAAUGCCUUCCUGCUCUUCUGCAAGCGGCACCGCUCACUGGUGCGCCAGGAACACCCGAGACUGGACAACCGCGGAGCCACCAAGAUCCUGGCAGACUGGUGGGCCUUGCUGGAGCCCAGUGAGAAGCAGAAAUACACCGACAUGGCCAAGGAGUAUAAAGAUGCCUUUAUGAAAGCAAACCCAGGCUAUAAGUGGUGUCCUGCCACCAGCAAGCCGGUGAAGAGUCCCACUCAUGCAGUGAGUAAUGUGCGUAAGAAGGCCUGGUCUCUGCCCUCCAACAACACCAAGGACAUCACUGUUGCCAAAAAAGUGCCCAAAACAGACAGCACACCACAGCUAAACUUCGCCAUGGCAGAUCCGACUAAGAUGGGUGGCCUGAGCAUGCUGCUGCUAGCUGGGGAGCACGCCUUGACUGCCAGAGAGAUCUCGUCUAGUAGUUCACAGAGCGGAGUUGCAGAUGUUGCAAAGCAUACUGGGAAAUCUGCCCUUUUCCAGUUGGCUGAGAUUUCCUCCUGUCCACCCGAGCUUGUUCAAGGGUGUAAAAACUCAGAGUGUCGAAGCGCAGCAGCCCCCCAGACAGAGGUAUGUGGCCUUUCUCAGCCCAACUCGCCAGAUUUACCCAGCAGCUGCAUGCGGUCUCCUCUCUUCCAGCUGGCGGAGAUAUCAUCUAGUGGCUCUCAGGCUUCAGUAUCUGAGGUGAAGCAGUGCGGUCAGUCUGCUCUUUUUCAACUUGCUGAGAUGUGUUUAGCCUCUGAAGCAGAAAAACUGGAGGCCCUCUCCUCCCAACCAGCCAUGGACUCAUCCUCUCUCUGCGCCCAGGACACUGCUCCUGACACAUCGCCCACCAUGGACCUUCCCACGCCGACACCACCCUCAUCCUCCCCAAUUUCCUGUAAGAAGAAGAAGAAGCUAAACGAUGUGGCAAAAGGUGAGAAAAGCUCUGGCUCGCCCAAGAAACCCUGCAAGAAGCGUUCUUCAUCUGGCUCAGACCUUGAGAGCUUGAUGUACACUAUUGAGGCGGUGGCUAAAGGAGCCUGGGGCUCAGAGGAGAUGGAGACAACCAGGAAGCGAGCACGUCCUUCAGGCAGUCCGGCGGAUCAGCGUUCAACAGCAGAGAAGAAAAAGACCAAACCCAAAGCCAAGAAACAGCUCAGGACCAAGGAGGAAGAAGAGGAGAAGGCAGAAGGAGAGGACUGCAAGCCACUGGAGACAGAAGGGUCUCUGCUUAGCCAUGAAGCAGAGCUCAAAACCGAGUGCAAGAAGGAAGAGGACAUUAAAGUGGACAGUGUGGAGGAGUCAGAGCCGCAGAUCUCUACAGAAGAGCAAAACAAAGGUGUAGAUCCGGGCUCCCCACUGCCAAUCAAAGGAGAAGAGAGGGACCUGGAAGUUAAGCCAGUUGUAAUUCAAACAGAAGAGAAAGACAUCGAGCCCAAACCUGAAGCCUGUGGAUCCCGGAAAUCAGAGAGAAGCUGUAAGGGAGCGCUCUACAAAACUCUGGUGUCUGAAGGAAUGCUGACAUCACUGCGGGCCAAUGUCGACAGAGGAAAGAGAGGCUCCAUGCGUGGCACUGUGUCCGAGUCUGAGAUAGGAUGGACAGAUGAAAGCUGUAAUUUCAGUCAACCUGCUGCCAGCAACCCCAAAAAACUGAAAAAGUCCAAAUCCAAAGAUGAGCCAGUGCCAGGCAAUUUAGGAAAGCUGGAAGAGGAGUUUGAGAAGAAGUUUAACAGCCUGCCCCAGUACAGUCCGCUAACGUUUGACAAAAAGAGCACAGCUGUCACCAAAAGGAAGAAAGCCAGUGUACCCAACCCUCUGGAAAAUCCUACGCCUAAUAAGGGUCCAUCCCCAUCUCAGAAAAAGACUUUAUUCCACAAGAUUGUUAGCAAGUACAAGCACAAAAAGGAAAAGGCUGGAACUUUGGACAAAGCCGUAGCACAGCCUGACCCAGCGGCCAGUGACACAGGCACAGUGAAGUCAGACUCCUCAUGUGUUUCUCUCUCUACUGAGACCCGUAAGAUGGGUGAUGUGCCUGUGGGCAGCCAGAAGAGGAAAGCCAGAAAAAGCAAAAUCACGCACUUGGUGCGCACGGCCGACGGGCGACUAUCACCCGCUGAGGCGGACAAAGUGAAGGAGCUGACCCAGGAUCAGGAUGGAAAGCCAUUAACUCAUGAGACUUUAUGCAACACACAGAGCUGCUCUACUGACCCCGGAUCAGCCGAGUCUGGCAGCCUGCCGGCCUUCUUCAGCCUAGCAGCCCUCGCCGAGGUCGCUGCCAUGGAGAACAUGCAUCGAGGCCAGCGAGCGGUGAGCAUGGCUGCUGAAGGUCAGGUGAAGGACAUGGCUCCUCAGACUCCUGUGCUGAUCUCUUGCGCUGAUCAGUGAAGGUGUAGACCUCAUCUGCGAGUGGAAUUUUUGGGACAUAUCCGAGAGCUUUGUGCUGGGGAAUAUAUAAUACAUAGACAGAGAGAGCGAGAGAGAGAGCUUGGAGCAAGCAGAGGUGGAAGAGGAGGAAGAUGCAUUACUACGUUACUAUGGAGGCUUCAACACACACACUAGAGAUCAUGUAGAGGUGUGGCCUGGCUUCCUCCAUUUGCCCUAGACAUUCAGAAACGGGAGAUGGCUGCUGUUUUAAAGUAAACUUUUUUUUGUAUAUGAGAAAAUGGACCUAAGGAAGCUCUCUUCUUUUAAUUUUGUUUUCAGUUUCAACCCUGCAUAAAACCCCACUCUGACUCUCUAUCUGUUAGAGAAAAAUCUUGUGGCUUCCUGCACACCUUCCUGCCCAGAAGCAAACAGACAUACACUGCAUACUGUGUGUGUGUAAUUUUGCUCUACAGCCCCCAUACCUCACAGCCAGCCUGAUUAUAUGCCCAAGUCCCUCUCAGCGCAGGCUUCACCUUGACAAUGCACAAUUAAUGCCUAGAUGCCUCUUUUCUGGUCAAUGACCCGUUUUGGACACAGUGCAAGCAUACAUGUCUGCUUCUCUCACACAAGCAGCCUGAGUGAGACUGCAAAAGUGCACGUUUGUGAUCCAAAGCAAACAAGUUACUAAGUGACUGAACACUGACCUGGUCAGAAGCCAUUCUCUUUUUCCUUGCGCUCUAACAGCUCCCCGUUACUGUACUGGGCACCCUUCCACUCUCACGUGCACAGCUAUAGAGAUGAAUAGAUUUUUUUAGAGCAGUAUACUUGAAUGAUACAAUGCAUUUUAUGUCAAUACUUGACCUUCCUGCAAUGUGUGUGUGUGUGUGUAUAUAUGUCUGUAUGUGAGCGCCUGUGUGUGUGAGUAGCAUCCCGAUAGCUACUCCAAAAGAGUGCGUGUGUGCUUGUGUGUAUUGGUGUGUGCGUAUGUGGCGUCUUGAUAGCUAAUCCAAAAGAGUGCUACUAGUUUCCUAAGGUAGUUUCGUAACAGACACUGCACUAAUUUUUAGCUAUAUUACACUAGAUGGCAGUUUAUUAUUUGCUAGAUGGGCUUAGAUUAUUUAUAUAUAUAUAUAUAUAUAUAUAUAUAUAUAUAUAUAUAUAUAUAUAUAUAUAUAUAUCUCCUAAUCUGGUACUUAAUAACCUGACACCUCAGUGUGGAUCAGACUUUUUAGGCAAUUUUUUUUUCCUCUCAGCUUUUUUGAUUUUCUACCAUCCGCACUGAACGCGUAUGUAAUUAAUUUCUGGGACGAGGUGACAGUGUUAAUUUUGAUGCACCUCGUUCCCCAUCAUGUGCCAGCAGAAGUCAAAUGCAGUUUCUUACAUGGCGUUUGGCUUUUCUGCUGCUUCUGUCCAUUCCUGUGAGUUUGCAAUGGAAGAGAAAGGAAGACAGUAGAGAAUCAAGUAGAGAAAGUAGCGAAUCAGUUCUUUCUCAAACUCUUACAGCAUAGUGCACACAGCACUGAGGAUCUUACACGGCUGAUGAUAUGCUCCUGGCCCAACACGCACUGUUUUGUAUAUCCAAGAAACCAUCAUAGAUCCUUUCUAUCAACCCCACUGUGCGAAUAAAAGUUUGCAUAGAUUCCUGGAAAAAACUUCUGAUUCUGCUUUCAGAAGGCUCAUCUCUCAGGCUAAAUGAAGGAAAGCUCAAGCCUGACUACACGAUGAAUAAACCUCCACUAGACACCUCCACCGUCACAAUGACUGAUGCUUUUUUUUUUCCUCCAUCACCUACAUUUUCCUGCAAAUCACGUCUGUGAAGUUCAGAUUUUAUAAGUAAUAUGUUUUUUUAGAAACUGUAGUAUGAUGUAUUUGAUCUCUUUUUUUUUUUUUUUUUUCCCUUAAAUGUGUAGUGUGCUUUUUGUAUGAUCUUAUAAGCCUCACCAUGAGGCCAGUUCUACUGGAUGAAGAUUAUUGUCAGAAACUCAUACAAAUAUAUAUAUAUAUAAUAAUAAUAAUAAUAAUAAGCCAAUGAGCACUGAGAAAUAAUGCACCGCUUCUAGAGGAAAUAGUCCCUGCUUUGUUGGGAAUGCACAUGUUAGGCAGCCUGCGUUGCCAUGUUUAACUAUCGUCUAAUGAGCACAGUGAGAUGUGUGUACCUGUGAGAGUCUGAAUGUCCCCCUGCUCUCCACAGGUAGUCAGAGCCAAGGGAUUUAACCUCAUUGUGUUUGAACAGAAAGGGUUAACAGGCUCAAAUGACCGCCUAAUCGGCAUGUCGAGAAGCUGGGAGGAAUAUUGACCUGUAAUGGCCAAUAGAGAUAAGGCAAUUUCUCUUGAUCAGGACAUUACAGAGUGAUAUUCACUGUGGUGUUAAGAAGUUUGAGGUUUUUGGUAAAUCUCAAGCAUGUCUGUUUAUGAACAGAUUGUGAUUGUCAGAAGCAUACCUUAUAGGUGGUCUUUGAGGAAAUGAUGAGUUGUUACAACUGCUAAUGUGAUGAGAAAUACUCCGGCUGAUCAGUAUCUCAACCUCCAAUGAGUUUAAACAAUUUCUAAAUGUUUGUCUUAGAUCAACUUUCGCUAAGAGAUGUCUUCCCAAGUGUUUUGUGCACAUCCAGGGUUGCGGCAAACGAGUUCUUCCCAUCAUGUAUCUGCUAUAAAGGAAGAAAUUGUACAUUAUAAACUGUACUAUAAACUGAGUUGCUGUUUAUAGAUAAGUGUAACUAAUAAACUGGCAACAUUGUGUCUACAAAUAUGGAUACAUACAGCAGGGGUGGACAAAUAGCUAACCGACUGGACAAGUAAACGCUUUAGUGUGCUGCUCAGUCCCAUGUUUUGGUUGCGCAGAAACCUUAUUUCCCAGGUAGAGGACGACUCGGCCAUAAUCGUUUGUGCCCCUGACCAGAAGAAAGCAAGUCGUUCUGGUGUUUUCUUUUCACAUCACACAAACGAUAUUUAUCAAAUCUGGUUAGUUAUGACAACUUUAUGCUGCAUUUUAUUUUGCUUGGUUUUAUUAGUAUAUCCGCAUACCUGCGUUUUUCCAGCUUACUGAAAAGGUUGUGUACCAUCUUGUGCACACUAGAAAAUCUCACUAAUAAAAGCCUAGAUGUGUAGUACAGCAGGCAGAGCAGAUUCAGAAUGAGCAGUAUGCACUAUGAUUAUAGCAUCAAGGUGGGUUGCACCACCAUUAAGCUCAUUUUAUUUAAAUGUAUAACAAAUAAAAACUUUCUCUGGUUGAAUGAGAGAAGAAAAAAAAAAAAAGAUGGUGACUGCUAGCCUGUUGAGCCAGCUUGUCUGCGGGGCAGUGAUGAAUAAAAACUCGCCCGGACGUGUAAUCUUCUUGUCCUGGGCGUCGAGCUUGUUGAUUUGUCCACCUCUGAUACACUGAGUUGACAGUUCAUUAGGUAUACUGCGAGUGUAACUAAUAAACUGCCAACUUAUAAACUGUAUAUGCUAAUAACUAAAAAGUGGGUUGUUUUUUUUUUCCAGACAUUUGCCAAAGACAAGGAAGCGCUGUCUCUUUAAGUAAUUUAAUGGUGGGUAAGGACAAACCAGGAAAGUUAAUUCUAGUCAGUGAGUCUGUCUUCAGGUAAUAAAUGCAUAAAUGCAUUAUAUUAGCACAAUUAAUUCUAUAUUUCUGAUGGAUUUCCUCAGCCUUUACUUGCAGGUUGGCAUGGUGUACAAAGUGUUUUUAAAAUGCCUAUUUUAGAAAAACUAUAUUUGCACCUUAAACCCAAACCAAAAUGUCAUACUCUGAAUGAUUUCCCUCCUUUCAUGGCUAUGACCCCUUUCAUGAAUAUUUGCUCUGAUUAGUCAGCCCUCUGUAUCUCAAGACACAUUAUCGCAUUGAAAAAACUGGCAUUAUACAAUAAUGCAUUGAAUGAUGAUGCACUUCUGCAAACAUCCUUGCAUGAUUCAUAGAUGAGGUUUGAUCCUUUUCCCAAAGCCUCCAUUAAAUGUCAUUCCCCUGUUUUUUCUAAGUACUGUAGAAGAUGCCUCUAUAAAUCUCGAGUUCCUAUAAUAGCUGUAAAGCUUAUGGUAUAAUACCCUUUUGUGCUAGAAUUGUCUCUUGAAUGUAAUGGAUUUUGUACCUGUAUUUUUCUAAUUCCAAUUUCAGUCUUUCUGUACAUGACAGCUUUGUAUGGAGGAGUUUGCUCCCAACUGCGAUACGAUUUAUAUCAAAUUCCAGUCAUCACUGUAACCCUGAUCUGGAGCUCUAUGAAGAGCUUCAUAGCCUCAUCACUGCAUCAUCUCUCUGGUCAAAUAAUUUAAUACUUUAAGGAUAUUAGAAACAUCAUCCCAUAAUCAGACAUCCAAUUAUAUUUGAUGAGGAAAUAAAAAACGGAGAAAUUGAUGGCAAACAUUGUUGCCAAACCCUCUGUUUAAAGUUUAUUUAUUUCUCUUUCCAACUCAUCAGAGUCUUAAAAACCUGGAUUAUGCAUCCAUUUGAAAUGGCCAUCUUCUGUUGUGUACAAGAAUGUAUGUCCACUGGCUUUUGAAGCAGUCUUGUUGAAGGGUUACCUUUCCGUGUCCUCAAAUGAGUUUGUACAACGUGUGCUUGAUCUAAUUAGUGUCACUCGUACUGUAUGACGCCAUGCUUGUUACAGCCCUGUUGUCAAUGCAGCCUUGCCUUAUUGAAACCCUUGCAUAGAAAAAGGGUCCCUUUGCCAUUACCCUUCUCAACGAGUCCUACGUCAUAACACUGUCUGCUGACGCAAAUGUUAUUCCUUUAACACCUAUUAAAGUAACAUAUAGACAUACAA